AAUGCAGACGUUACUUCAAAAAAGAAGAUGAUUACUAAGAGUCUACGAUUCUACUAAUUAUACUUUAUAAAAUAUCUAGUCUAGAUCUAAUAAUUAGAUUUCUACAUCUAGUAGCCUACUUGCUGCCUACUUAUCAGACUAAUCCAUGACCCCUUUAUCCAAGGCCCAGGAAUGUGCCCCGGAGAGGAAACUCUGGUGCUGCUGCAAAGCGGCUAAAACAACACGGGAGACAAUAUAUAUAUCAGACUAAUCUAGAAUCUACCUAUACCUAUAUAGUAUAUAUGUCUCCUUCUGUCUCUGAAGAUAUUGAAUGCGCCCUUAUGAAUCGCUGGCUUUGGUUACGUCUUGAGAUGGGGCAGAAUCUGGAGUGACUGAUCAAGCCAAUUCUAGAGCGGGAGAGUUUGCCACAGUUUGUGAAUGUAUAUUCAUCUGUCCUAAGGCUAGCUGACAGGGCAGAUUUCUUUUUCUUUCUCUUGGCUGACACAGCUUCAUUUCUCUUGCAUUCGGCGAAGUUCGUACCAGCAUGUACAGUCUGUCUCCAUGCUGUCUGGUCUUGGGCUGUCUCCUCCCAUAUAUACUUUGGUCGAUGCCUGUGGCUCUCUUGUCUCGCUUGCAGACAUCUCUGUAGGCUAGUCUUAGGCGGCCCUUGGGUCUGACUCCCUCUGCAAGAUCUGCAUAUGCGAUGUCUUUAGGGAUUUUUCCAUCUGGCAUGGGAGUGACAUGACCGAGCCAGCGUAGUCAUCUCUGUUGAAGGAGAGCAUAGAUGCUGUGCAUGUUGGCCCGUGUCAAAACUUCCUGGUUGGAGACGCACAUAAUGCAAUGCAGGCAGCGUAGGUGGAAGCUAUUUAAUCAGUGUUCUUGACGCAUGUAAGUUGCCUAGCUCUCACUGCCAUAAAGAAGUGAGCUCAGAACGCAGGCCAGGAUAUUUGUUGCCGUAGUCAAUUUGGUAAUUUUCCACACAUGCUUGGAGAGUUUUGCCAUUGCUGCAGAAGCCUUUCCUAUUCUUUUUGUCAGCUCAGUGUCUAAAUGCUGCUAAUUCUAGGUUGCUGGCUAUUGUUGUUCCCAAAUAUGUGAAUUCCUGCACCACCAUAAGUGUGUGAUUUCCAAUAUGUAUCACUGAUAUUUCUGCAACAUCUUGUGCCAGGUUUCUGUCUUGGAGAGGCUUAUUGUAAGGCUAAACUCUUGACAAGCACCUGCCAGAGCAUUCACAAGCCUCUUCAAUCCUUCUUGUGAAUGAUACGUCAUCUCUUUGUUUUGGCUUUAAGGCGUGCCAGGUUAAAUAGCUUUCCAUAUAUAUACUCUUAUCUCUUUACUCUGCUCUUGAUGGAGAAUGGCUUAGAGGUGGAACUGUCAAACUGUACGGUGCCCUGCAUAUUUUCAUGAAAAGCUGACACUAGUUUCCGUAGCUUGUUUGGACAGCCAAUUCUCUAUAAUAAGGCAAACAAGCCGGUUUUGCUGACCAGGUCAAACACCUUGAUCAAGUCAAUAAAAACUAUAAAGAGGGACUGCCUUUGUUCUCUGCUUUUAUCCUGUAGCUGCCGCAGUGAGAAGAUCAUAUCUGUUGUGGAUCUACUGGCCCUAAUGCCACACUGCGAUUCUGGGUAAACUCGUUCUGCCAAGAUCUGCAGCCGCUUCAGUAUUACUCUGGCAUAAGCCUUCCCAACAAUGCUAAGAAGUGAAAUGCCUCUAUAACUGUUACAAUUGGAGCGGUCACCCUUAUUUUUGUAAAUUGUUACUAUGUUGGCAUCCUUCAGUUCCUGGGGGACUAUUCCUUGCUCCCAGCACAAACUUAGCAAUUCAUGGAGUGGCUUGAUUAGGGCAUGCUUUCCAGCUUCUGCAGGAAUACCAUCUCCUCCGGGUGCUUUCCCAUGUGCAAACAUGACAAUGGCUGUGCUCAGUUCCUUUACAGAGGGUGUUUCAUCUAAUUUGCUCAAAACUGCAAGUGGUGACCUAGACCUAGACUAAGAAUAAAGACUUGUAGACUAUUCAGUAUUCUAGACUGACUUAACUCUAGUUUCAUUAUCAUUGUAUAGAUAUAUAUAUACUACUAUAUAGAUCUAGGUCUAGGAGUCUAGAUGAUAGAUCUAUGUUGCAUAACCAUUGUCUGCCGGUGGUUGAUUAAGAUUUUCUUUUCUCCUUAAUCGUCUGUCCUCGUCAGCGAAUUUUCUUUUGGUCUCAAAUGUGUAUCCUGCGGCCUUUGUGAGUGACCUUCAGCUGUUUCGUUCUGAGGCCGCAUGUAAACAGGUGCUCUCUUCUAUGUCAGCUAAGGCAAGUUGGUGCCUAAGCUGGUCUUAAAGCAUUUCUUGGGGCACCUCUGUUAUGACGACCACCUUUUAGCUCACCAAAAAAGACUGCCUUUGCAUAAGUGGGGGCCAUUUGUCCAGGGCUUUGCAAAGCCUGUGGUACAGGUUAAAGUAAGUGACCACAACAAUCUGUGUAGCCCCUAAAUGUCCCUUACCGACUUGAUUGUCAAUGAUUUUUAAGGCUUUUCAGAUUGCCUUGGCCUCUGCAUCAAAACUGCAAACACUACCACAUGGUCCAAAGAUUUUAACCGAGUCAGAGCCAAGAAACUUGAUGUAGGCUCCAUAGCCUGCUCUUACAGAGUCUAUCGAUGCCUAAUCAUCACUAUAUUCAAAAAUGGCACUGGACUUGAAGGCAUUGAUGGUCUCCAGUACUAGAAUUUGAAGUUCGAUUGCUUAGUGGCACUAGGAUGUACUAGUUUCAAGCGUAUGUCUUGGGUCAUUGGGCGACACAGAGGGGAAAAGCAAUGAAAACGUUUAUGAAUGUUUUGUUUGAUGGUGGAGAGGCAUAAAAGACUGCAUCUGGAUACGUCUUCUGCAUCUCUAACUAUCCACUAGUUUUUCUAGAUGGGAGGUAUACAUCCAGCCAUUUAUACCACUCAAAGCAAGUCAGUCAUUCUCUGCUAAGGUUUAGUGGAUCUACAUUAGCCAUUAUUUCAGCUGCAUUUACGGAAUGCCAGUCCCGAGCGUGAACAGAGAAUAGUCUUGGAGGUGUUUAUUUCUUUUUUUGUGUGUGUAUUAGCAAUGUUCUCGUUUUUCCUUGUUUACAAAUGUUUUUACUAGUAGGCUGAGUCUGAUAUAUUUCUGCCUGAAUAUUGGAUUGUUUGGGUUCUUUUAGACCUUUUGGUGUGCCCUUUUCAGAGCCAUAACAAGCUUGUUGAUUUCAGCUGUCCAAAAUAUCUUGAAAUUUGUACAAGGGUAAGUCAGAGGUAUAAACUUUUUAGCCAUGCCCAGAAUUGUUGCUGAAGGUAUAAAAGUUCGACAGAGCUAGACUCUACAUGGAUUUUUUCAAGGGCAGUGUCAACAGCUACCUUGUAUCCCUAAUUGACUUUACUAAAGUACCACUUUCGUGGCUCUUUAGUGGUCUUGGUGCUGAUUUUAGAAAGAGUGUCAGUCAGUAAUAUUGGAAGGUGGUCACUACCAAUAUCGCAUAGUACUUGAUAAGUUAUGACAGAUUCCAAGUUAGCAGAGAGAAAGAUCUGGCCAUGAGAGCAACCAUUGCUAGCAUGCAGAAGAGUAGGAGGAGAGUGUUUGUUUGCAAAAGAAAAAGGUAAGUAGAAUUGGACAUGUCAUGGAUUUUUUUUUACCAGACAGAUCAGUGUCAUUACAGCCCCUGGAAGGUGAAUGGGCUCCAGCUAUGAUAGUGUCUAUAGUUAUUAUAUCUCUGACAUCUAAAGCUAGUUCUUGUUUUGGUGGAUUAUAACAUUGAUGCACUUGAAGUGAUUAUUGUUUUUCCAAAUUUCAAACAUCCAAUUGUCUGUCCUCCCCUGACUCAAGUCUGUGUACACUUUCUUGGCAACCAGAGCAUUAGCCACCAAUGUAAUUAGGCCUCUGCAGUCCCCACAGGAGCUGUGGGACACUUCUUUUUUCACCAAGGCAACAUUCACACACUCUUUGUGGUGCAGAUUUGUUAUUUCAAUUGUCUUUGGAAUAAGUCAUCGGAUGUUUCUUUGAAGGACUUUGAAAGUUUUAGGAUCAGGUUUGUAAACUUGGGGAUCAUGUUGAUUUAUACUUCCAGUUGGAUUAAUUUUUUCUGAGGCUUGUGUUUUUUUUUUUUUGUUGUGUUAUUUUGGGUAAAAAGGAUGUUUUCUGGGUUUGUGUGUUGGGAAGAACAGUGUAUCCCUUUUUUCACAACAUGACCCGUUCUCCCUUUGUACCAACGUUGCGAGGCAAUUAGUAGCACAUUUUUCAAUGCCCUGGUCUAACACCUUUUACCUGGCUAGCAGAGCCUGUUAGGGUCUACUAAGACCCAUUUUUCUUUAUAUUUAUUCUCAACAUAAAUAUGGGUUCUCUAUGGGGAGAAGAUUUGGGUUGCCCCUUAGAGUGAACAGUGAAGACAGUCCAGACAUUAACAUUGGAUGUAUAAACGACCAAAGACUAGUUAAUUCAGCCACUCACUCGUAUGGGCAGGUUUAAUCCUAGAAAGUGGAGUGAAUGAGGCAGGAGAUCUUUUUUGUUACCACAUAUUUAGCCUGCAAAUUUUAAUGGCUUGACUCUUAACUAGUCUCUAGGACAGCAGCUGAUCAGUUCAGCAUAAGCUGUAGACCCCAACAGGCACAGACGAGCAUGCAGGAGCUAUGUCAUUCAGAGCUCAGCAAUUUCCCUAACCCCCCUUUAGCAGAGCUCUGCACCAGGAGAGUGUGAGAGUCUGCCUAGAAAGUUGGGGCUAUGGCAACGUUAGUUCUUUUUGGAAAACACAGAGAGCAAGGGGUUGAAUUACUCCAGUUACCAGAGGACACUACAAGUAGGUCGGCAGCACUAUCCCUCUGUUAUAAUCCUUAGAUAUUACAUUAUUUAUGUAUUCACUCUGCAGCUGUCGAUUACUUUUUGGGUUGGUGUUUAAUUUUUAUAAAUUCUUUCUGUCUUAGUUUCUUUAAAUUUUUAUAUAGGUUUUCCUUCUGUUUUGCAAAGUUUCUUUAAUGUACCAGUAUUAUAUUAUUAAACCAGCAUUUAUUUAUUUUGUUUGAUGAGUAUUUAGUUUGUAUUUGAUUUUCUAUAAUGUUUUCAAAAUGGCUUUUAAUGAAAUUCUCGAGGUCAUCAUCUGGUUGUUUAAUCUCUUUUUCUGAUAAGAUAUUAACCUUUUGGGGAGGGGAAAACAUUAUAAGGCAGGUUAUUCCAAUUCAAAUCAAAAUUCUUGUAUGUCAGUGAACAUUAUGAUGCGCAGGGGGAAAAAAGGUGUUCCAGAGAGAGAAUGGAAGAGAGGAGAAAAAAACAAGAAAGUGGGACAUUUCAUUUUAUUGUAACAGAUACUAAUAUUUAUGGGCUAAAAAGUAUGCAGAUUUUGUACACAAGUUCCUUUUAUCUCUUAGGUGCUUGCUAAGACAUGGUUUUGACAUAUUUGCAGCUUAAAUACUGCUAUUCUCAAAAUCCCACAAAAUUUCUAUCAAACCUUUCUUUUUAUUUUUGGUGUUUCUCCAAAAGGCUGUUUAUAAAGCAUAAAUAGAAAUGUUUAAAAACACAAAAUAUUUCAUACAAUUUCUAUGGAUAUUUUCUUUCCUUUUCCCUGCUUGAAUGUGUGUGUAAAAAGUUUAUAAAAACAAAAGGAAUUAAUAAUUUUUUGUGCGUAACUUCAACCAAAAAGACACUUUAAAAAAUUAACAAAAACAAAUUGAAAGGGGAAAAGACCUUACUGUGAUGUUCCAGGUCCCUAUCCUGAUUGAAGUCUUGGUCUUCAAAAGAUUUGUCGGUGUUCUAGCUUCCAUAGGGCUUCCACUAGUACAAUUCAUAGGCUCUUCCUUGGCCAAGUUCUAGUUGGUUUGGUGUAUUUGCUGUUUCUGUAGCAGUAGUUUAGUGAUGUGAGGUUGCUAGCAUUACGAUCACCCCUCCUCCUUUACCUCGCUUGGGACUGGCAAGAUACUCCUAUAGGAUAUACCCAGGCAGAGUUAAGUUGAAAUAAGCUUUGGGCUGUUUGAGAUAUAAAUAAUGGGGAAAAAGUUCAAGUGUAUCACUAGAUAAUGGCCUGAUGUUAAGUCUAAAUGUAAAGUUGAUGAAUUUGGAUGGAAAGGUUGCAUGUGCCUGCUCCUUUCGGAACAAAAACAAUCUCCCGUAGACUCCCCGAUGGCUGCUCCAUUUUUACGGCCGAAUUGCACGCAAUAUUGCUUGCACUUAUGGCCAUUAAAGCAAAUCAGAAAGGAGGAAAUUUAUAAUCUGCUCCGACUCCAAAUCUGCAUUGCAAGCUUUGGGGCGGAUGAAGACUGAAAGUUGAUGAAUUAAAAAAAAAGUUUUAUAUAAAGUGUGAACUGAAAUGUGAAUAGUGGUGUCCUUUCGAACUGUUCAACAGGAGGAGAAAAGCUUAAAUGAAAAUUUAAGGGUCUUAACUGUGUGGGACAGUAUUAUGAAAAAAAACAACAGCAGGGGUGAAGGAUUUUGAAUAAGAAGCAAUAUAGUUUAACUAAAUAUUUCAAUAUUGAAUUGAGAAGCAGAAGAAAAUUUAAAAAAAUAGAUGAGGGUCCUUCUCUCUGGUACUGAAUCUGAUGGUCUAAAGACAUGUUUGCAGUCUUUAUACUAUAAACUGCUUACAUUACGAUUAAGAGAUUUACAAAAAAUGGUAUAACUAACCAAAGGUGCUAUGUUUAGAAUUAAAAAGCAGAAAAGUUUGUGCUUGAACACUUGGAAGAUGCUAAUAUAUACAAUAAUUCAAGGGCUAAAAAAGUUUGUUAGGUGCAUCAUUAAAAUGUAUACUGUUUAUUGGAAGUUAAAAAAAAAAAGGGCAUGUUCUGUUCAUAAUAAAUAAUAUGUAGCCUGUUAACAACAGGCAUAGUAGGUGUGUAAUGCUUAUAUGUAUAUUUUUUUGUUACACUGCCCUAUGUAUUAAGUGCUUAGAUUGGUCUUUCAUCAAUUGAAGGCUGUUGAUUUUGUGAAUGUCCCAGAUAUUGUUUGUUAUUAAGCUCAAUUUCUCUGCUUCCUACACAAAACAAUUAGUUUUAAUAUUGAAAUUGGUAUAGACUUUUUACACUAAAAAAUAACAACUCUACUUCACUUAAAAAAAGGUUAACUCAUCAGAUUUCUUGCUUUCCUUAUAAGUAAGUCAUUUUUCUACUAAUUAUCAUUACCAUUGUAGUUUAACUAUUACUGGUAGCCUUUUUUAUGAACCAUACUUGCCCUUUUGAGUGUUGCCUUCGCAUAUCAGAUUUUUUAAAUAUUCCAGUCAAAAACCCUACUUAGGAACUUUUUUUUAAGGCUAAAUAUACUAGCUACAAGUAUUUAAAGAUAUUUAUUUUUUCCUUGCAGAAUAGUUCUAUAAAUAUUUCAGUACAAUCAAAAUAAAUUGAAGAAUGAGCUCAUUUAGAAACUUGAGGCAACGUUUCAACAAAGAUCGAGAUGAUCAACAGAAAGUCAUAUCUAAAAGUGGACAGGAACAUGGAACUUUAAUUGAAGAAUACAAUCAAAAUAAAUUGAAGAAUGAGCUCAUUUAGAAACUUGAGGCAACGUUUCAACAAAGAUCGAGAUGAUCAACAGAAAGUCAUAUCUAAAAGUGGACAGGAACAUGGAACUUUAAUUGAAGAAGAAGUGUUUGAAGUUAUUGAAGAUGGUGAAACAAGACAAAGAACUGAAAAAGAACAACAAUGCCAAUUAUGUGAUGAAACCCAAAGUUGUGGAUCUUUACCUACUGAAGAGCUCCUCUCAACUGUUUCAUGGAGUAGCCCAGAAGAAAAAAAAAUAUUUGAAGAACAGUUAAACCAGCUGCAGGAACAGCUGAUGAUUGUCAUGAUAGAAAAUCAAACAUUAAAGAGUGAAUUAAAUGCAAAUGGUAAUAGAAGAGAAAUAGAAAAAUUAAAAUGUGAAUUGACAUGUGAACAACAGAAAUGUGAAGCUUUGAAAAAAAAACUGGAACAAGUUAUGAAACAAAAGAGAGCACAUGUCAGUCAGAAUUUAUCAUCUAAAAACAAAAAUCUUGUUGAUGCACAAAUUGCUGGACCUAGUCAAACAGUUACACAAGAUCAGAACCAGACAAAAAGAUUUUAUGAAGUUGUAUUUGAAUACCUGCUAAGUGUAUGUUAUAAUUUUCUUGAUGAUUUUACUGAAGAGGUAGAAGAAACUAGAACAAAAGAUAGUGAAGGUGAUCCUCUGGCAGUUAAAACAUUGAAAGAAAAUGUCAAAAGAUUUGGUACAGAAGCAAAACCUUACUUGAAUACAUUGAAAGGAAUUUAUGAUUUAAAAGCUUGGAAGGCAGCACCAUAUACUUUAAUAGUAUUUGUGGUUUACAUGUACUCUGUUUGGCAAGGCUGGUUUCUUCCAGUUUUACUUUUUUGCUUUACAUUGAGGCUGUUUAUUAACUAUCUCAAAUAUAGAGGCUGGAACAUUCAUUUUAAUUUCUUUGAAACAGUGGAAGAAACAAAGGAUGCAGAUGACAAAGAUUUAAGUGUUUCUGAUAAGUUGAAUAUUGUGAUGCAAGUUGCAAGAAAUGUCCAAAAUAUACUUGGAGAAGUGGCUGAUUGUCUUGAAAAAAUUAAAAGUUUACUAACAUGGCGUCAUCCUCAAGCAAGUCAGAAGCUUUUGUCAAUGACCUUUGUUGCUUUUAUAACAUCUUGUCUUUUACCCACCAAUUACUUAUUUUUCUAUGCUGGUCUUGGAUUAGGCAUCAAAUUUUUUAUUAUUGAUUACAUUUACAAUCGAUUUCCUCGUGUAAGAAGAAAGUAUGAUUCUACUUAUCAACUAUGGGCAGAGCUACCAACCGAUCUAGAGUUUGAAAAAAAAUUCAUCAAGUCUGAGAUAGAUAAGUAUAUCCUUCCACAUGAUGAAGACAAAGAAGAAAUUAUUGAAACUAAAAGUGAACAGGUUUCUAUAGAUGACAAAACAUUCUGUGAAUUGUUCUCAUUACCUGAAACAGAGUGUCCUUUACAAGGUUGGCAUGGUGGAAAACGUUGUAUUCUAAUAAACAAGGACAAAUCUUUGACAGCAGCAUUUAAGAAUGGUAGAUUAUAUCUGACACACAGUUUCUUGUGUUUUGAAAGAACUAAAGUGCCUUCCAUAAAAAACAUUGUCAUUCCUUUAACAGAUAUCCUUAAAUUAGAGAAGGCAAAACCCUUUUCUUGGAUGCCUGGUGGAGGUAUGGCCAUAGAGAUUGGAGUAGCAGGUAAUGAUAAAGAACUAAUUCUGGCAGCCAUACAUUUUUGGAGCCAUUUUAAAUAGAGAUGAAGUUUAUGACUCUCUGAUCAUGGCUGGUAAGAAAGCAGGGCUUACAUGGUCUAGAUGUCCAUCUCCUGCCGAAUAACUUGAAGCUCUGGUGAUAUGAAGGGAGAGUAAUCCUUGAAGGAUUAUGGGCAGGACAUGGCCUAAAUUGUGCAGAUGUGCCAAAAACUCAAAAGUCAAACUCAACCUAACAAGUAUAGUGGCAAAGUUCUUAAUGAAUAUAAUUCUUUUGAAUUGAAUAUUUAUGGAUUUAACUCAUACAAAAGGCUUUAAAUUUCAAUUUAUGGAUUAAUUAUGCUUUAUUCAUCACAGGAUGUUUUUAUGACAUCACAGUUAGACAUCUACACAUAUUAGGAGAAAAAAAAAACAUCACAUAUGGGCACAAGAAAAUAAGCAACUUGUUCUCAAAUGGCUUAAGUAGCUCAGAAAUAUUUGUAACAUUAGAUUAAAUGACUCUCUAAUAUUUUUAUUUUAUUUUAUUUUUUUACAUUUUUGGCUAUAACUAAUUUAUUAUAUUUGUUUUUUUAUUUAUUAUGUGCAAUAUAUAGAUCUAUAUAAUUUAUAUGGUUAUCCUUCAUACAAUUUUUUUAUUGUUCUGUGAUUUUAUCCUUUUUUUUUAUGUUUUGGAAUGUUGGAUAUUUUUACAUAAAAUGUGUCCAUCAAAUAAAGGUUUGACUCCUGAAUAAUAUUUAUUCAGAUUUCAUUUAUAUAAUUAGUAAUGUUACUUUUCAUAAAUUCAGAAUUUAUUAAUAAACAAGGUUACAAAAGACAGUUUGUGUGGAAACACAAAUUCAAAAUCGGCCCCCGAAAAGGUCCAUCCAGGCAGGCUUCAAUAUUUUCAGAAAGAACAUGCAAAUGAAAUUAUAUCAAAGACAAAUGAGAGAUAAGAAUGGAGAAAGAAGGUUAACAGACUUGUGUAGUGCCCCAACGGUCCCACAGAUCAAAGGAAUAGUGAAAGUGAAUGUAAAGUUAGAUGUGAACCUGGCCUUACUAGUUCCCCUUUCAGACCUUGUGGUCUAUAGGACAGAUGAUGUAAAGUUCAUCUGUUUUUGUGGCCUACGAUUAGCGAGGGUGUCAUGUAGCCAGCACAACGACCAACCGCCUAUACUUUUCCCCAACUAAUGUCAGGUACCCAUUAGAGCUGAGUGGACUCAGAGGCGCCCAAAGAUUCCAAAGUUGAAAAUCCCAGUCUUCACCAGGAUUUGAACCUGGACCCCCAGUUCGGAAGCCAAGCGCUUUACCACUCAGCCACCGUGCUUCCCUUGGCCUAACUGAUGUCUUAUAAUUGAUCCAAUUGUUUGUUUGUUUUGUAAAAUGUUUUACAUAUUUCGGAUGUUCCUUCAGAGUUGAAGAUAGUUUACUUCCUAGUCCAAACCUCCCGCAGGACGACGGGGGAUGGGAGCGGGCAGGAUUUGAACCCUCGACCAUCGAUAAAUCCGAACGACAGUCCAGCGCGCAAACCUUACGACCAGGCAGCCAUCCCAAUUGUUUUGAAAAGGCUCAAUCUCUUAUUCGAAUCCUCAAAAAAAAAAAAUAAAUAAAUAAAUAAAAAUUUCCGCAAUAAAAAAAAUGUUCAUAAAAAUGCAUACUAAUUAGCUUUUUCUCUUUAAAAAACUGCUUGCAUAACUGAUUUUAAGAAUUAGAUUUUUCGCUUUCAGAAAAAAUAAAAGUAGCCGUUGCAUCAGAACUUUGAAUGGUCUAAAAUAUUGUGAUGUUGGAUUUUCAAUAUCUUUUCUAGUUUACGAGAUCUAAACGGGACAGAUGGUCAGACAGACAGACAUUUCGCACAAAACUAAUAGCGUCUUUUCCCCUUUCGGGGGCCGCUAAAAAUGAUAGACCUGACAGUUAGCUGAACUUAUGAAAAAAAAAAAAAGGACUAACCAGUUUGAAGAAUUUAUAAAACUGUUCAGUUUUUUUUA